AUGUUAUUGGAAGGAGCCACUCCCCUCUACGGACGCAACGUCUUCAAGCAAGACCCCAGCACGAAGUCGAUGGAGCUCUACGACGAGAUCAAGAAGGAUCUCCGCGCCACGGUGAGCGAUGACGACGACGACGCCGACGACACACCCGUGGACCCGGCCGACGACUAUUCCGUGACAGAGUAUGUGGUGACGGUACGGCUGACGGCCGACUGUGCGAGCGAGGCGGCGGAUGCCUUCUCGGACUGGGCGGUUGGCGCCUCGUGCAAGGAGAUCCUCGAGGCGGGCUGCCAGUCGGUGACGGUGCUGCGCAAGGCGCCGCGCACGUCGGUAGAGUACGCGUACGAGCCAAUCGACUCGUACAACUCGCACUGCGCGGUCACCCGCGGUUGGCCCGACGGCUGUAGCUUCGUCGGCGAUGAGGAGGGGGCGGCGGCGGCAAACGAGCGGAUGAUCCGCGCGUACGAGGAGCUCGGCGGGGGGACGGGCGGCGCGAGCUCGGCGUACGCGGGCAUCGGCGGGAAGGCGCGCGUCGACUUUUCGGACGCGCUCGACAAGGGCGCGCUCUCGCCGCUUGGGAAGCGGAGGAUCGGGCAGGACCUGCCCGUCGAGCUGGAGGGGUGGAGGGUUGGCGUCUUCCCGCUCGAGCCGAGCGUGAGCCAGGAGUUCACGCUCCGCAACGUGAUGGCCAAGGCGUGA